AUGGGAGACGAACCGAAUUGCCUGGUGGCCUAUCGUCGGGUUAUUUAUUUACUAAGACUUAUUACUAAAAAUUGCGGUGCGGAUAUUUUGGAACCGAACUUUAAAUUUAAUAAGUUGACCUACAUUAUGUUUGGUUUGACAUUCCUAUUUUAUCUCGGUACAUUUUACACGAUAUAUACAAGUGUCGUUACUGAAGGAAACUUCAACGUAAUUUUGGAAAUAACCAGCUUUUUGGGUGCCGCCAUUUUGGUCAACACAAAACUGUUCUGCUUCUUUCGUUGGGCCCACUUGUUUAGAGAAUCGCAGACAUUUUUGGACACCACCUACAUGGGUUUCGAGAAACUCGGAGGCGACUACAAGAAAGUGAUGCUCGAUGGCAUAAGAGCUAUUAUCAAAAGUAUUAAAAUAUUGAUAUUAGUUUACAUGGCACUCAUUGUUAGCUGUACGGGAUUCCCAGCGGUGUAUUAUGCAUUCUACAACAAGCGAAUUUUAAUCAUGCAGUUUCUGCUUCCGUUCGUGGAUAAGAACACAACGAUUGGAUAUUUGUUGCUAUGCGGUGUACAUUCUGGAUGCCUAAUUUUUGGGGCACUGGGAAACUUUGCAGCAGACGCGUAUUUUGUCACCUUUGUCGGAAGUGUACCGCUUCUCAAGGACAUAUUGGCUUGCAAGUUUAAACAUCUCAAUAGACUUAUGGAUAGAAAAGCUCCCGAGAAGGCAACAAGAGCACAAUUGCGCAAGGCUAUGGUGAACAUUAUUCUCUGGCAUAAAGAUUAUCUGAGCUUACAGUUUCGUGUAAGACGCAUAUCCUUUGGCGUCAUCGCGGCACAAAUACUGAGCUCCUUUUUCAGUGUUUUGAGCAGCAUGUACUGCUUAUUGGCUGGCGAUUGGCCCGCGGCUCCCGUCUAUUUGAUCUUCUCGCUUCUGACUCUGUAUUUGUAUUGUGGACUGGGCACCAUUGUUGAAAAAUCGAAUGAUGAUUGCGUCACAAUCAUCUACACCGAAUGCCGCUGGUAUGACCUGCCCAUAUCAGAGCAGCAUUUUCUAUUGCUCAUGCUGCGCAUGUCCCAGACUACGUCAUCUCUGUCCGUGGCCGGCAUGAUGCCACUGAACGUGAACACCGCGCUGCAACUGACAAAGGCCGCUUACAGUAUGGGCAUGAUGCUGAUGACAAACGAGGAUUAGUGGGUAUAUGCUGAU